AUGACGAUAAAAAAUCCCAGUUUUCCGCUAUUUGCUACUCUUGUGUGUAUUAGUUUGGUAAUAUUAGCAGAAGCUGCGGAUUAUCACCCACGAGGACGACAACGAAAAACUGUAGAGUAUGUGCCACGAGAACCUCAACAGAAUACUCCGGUCUAUGAGCAACGAGGACGACAACAGGGAGUUGUAGACUAUACACCACGUGAACGUCGACAAAAAACUGCAUUCUAUGACCCACGAGAACGUCAGUGGAAACACGUGGACUAUACACCACGUAAACGACAACGAAAAACCUUGGAUUAUGACCCACGAGAACGUCAAUGGAAACCUGUAGACUAUACAUCACGUGAACAACAACGAAAAACCUUGAAUUAUGAGUCACGAGGACGGCAAAGAAAAACUGUAGACUAUGUACCACGAGGACGUCAACGAGAAACUGUGGACUAUGAAGCACGAGCACGGCAACAAAAGGCUGUGGAUUAUGAGGCACGAGCACGGCAACAAAAGACUGUGGACUAUGAGGCACGAACACGGCAACGAGAAACUGUGGACCACGAGCCAGGAGAGCGACUACGAAAAACUGUGGACUAUGAGCCAGGAGAGCGACUACGAAAAACUGUGGACUAUGAGCCUGGAGAGCGACUACGAAAAACUGUGGACUAUGAGCCAGGAGAGCGAGAACGGCAAAGAGGGCAAGAGCAGGGGCAGGGGCGUGAAUGGCAACGAGGACAGGAACAGGGGCAAGAGCAUGAAUGGCAAAAAGGGCAAGAACAGGGGCAGGGGCGUGAAUGGCAACGGGGACAGGAGCGUGAACGGCAACGAGGACAGGAACAGGGACAGGAGCGUGAUUGGAAAGGAGAACAGGAACAGGGGCGAGAGCGUGAACGGCAACGAGGACAGGAACAGGGACAGGAGCGUGAUCGGAAAGGAGGACAGGAACAGGGGCAGGAGCGAAAAAAAGAACAGGGACAAGAGCAGGGGCAAGAACAGAAACAGGAACAAGGGCAGGAGCGAGAGCUGCCACAAGAACAUGAGCAUGAACAUCGCAAUGCGACAAUGGAUGAGAUCAAAGAACGUGUUGAACAUGAAAUCCGACAUAACAAAGUGAUGCUAUAUUCCAAAUCCUACUGCAAAUUCAGUAAACGGAUGAAAAAACUUUUAUCGCAGUAUAGCCUGCAAGGUCUGAAAAUUGUGGAGCUCGACCACGAACCGGAUAUGAGUAUGAUUCAAGAUUAUCUGAAAUCAAGAAACGGAGUCAGGACAGUGCCACAACUGUUUAUUGGGGGCUACUUUUUUGGUGGUUACGACGAUACACAACGAAAAGAUGAAGAUGGCCGACUGGUAAAAGAAUUAGAACGGGCUGGAGCACUGGUGCGGCAUACUAGAGCAACUGAUAGAAGACAACGAUAA